UGUCAGAGAGAGAGAGAGAGAGAGAGAAGGAGAAAGCUAGAGAGAAAAGGAUGGGUGAAGCUGAUCAUAUUCAGGAAAUUCCAUUCCUUGAAUUUCCAGGAGAUGAUUUAGAUUUAGAGCAAGAGAGUGAGGAAUGGAAGGGCUUGAGGAGCAAAGUGAGGGAGGCAUGUGAGACAUACGGCUGCUUUGGCCUAGUCUGUGAUGCCAUCCCUGCAAAGCUACGUCAAGAGAUGUUCAUGGUCAUGAAAACAUUGUUUGAUCUGCCUGAAGAGACCAAGAAGAAGCACUCCAGCACUAAGCCUUACCACAGCUACCAGGGCAAGUGCCCAAUUGUGCCUCUCCUUGAGAGCUUUGGCAUCGAUGACGCCCCCCAACCCCAGGCUGCUCAGGCCUUCACCAACCUCCUGUGGCCCGAGGGGAAUCCGGCCUUCUGUGGAGCCCUCAUUUCCAUGGCCACAAAGAUGCUGGAACUGAACUUCAUCGUCCUGAAACUGAUCCUGGAGAGCCUUGGCAUGGAGAAGUACUACAAUUCCCAGAAAGAGAACAGUGCCAGCGUUUUCCGGUUGAUGAAGUACACAGUCCCUCCGAGCAAUGACUCGGCCAUUGGCCUGGUUACACACACAGAUAAGAACAUCCUCACCAUCUUAUGUCAAAAUGAAGUGCAAGGCCUGGAGGUUCUCUCCAAAGAAGGCGACUGGAUUCGACUAAAUUUCUGCAAGGAUUCCUUCAUAGUCAUCAUAGGCGAUUUGCUGAAGGCAUGGACGAAUGGGAGGCUUCAUGCAGUGAGGCAUAGGGUGGUGAUGAACGGCGACAAAGAUCGCUACUCUUGUGGGACGUUUGUGUUGCCGGGGGACACGGUAACCAUUGAAGUGCCUGAAGAACUGGUCGACAAUGAUCAUCCUCUUCGCUACCGGCCCUUCACUUAUUCUGAUUACAUGUCCUUCUUCACUUCCAAUAUAUGCGAUGAUGCCCUUGAGGUUUAUGCUGGUGUUCGAUCUUGAUUUUUAAGAAGGUGUGUUAGGAGUUUGAUCAGAUAGAAUCUGUCUGCAAAAAUUGGUGAAGACAAAUAUGAGGCCAAUCUCUCCUUUAGUCACUCAAGGAGAAUAGAAGCAAGCUACAUAUCUAUGUACUUCAAAUCUCUAUCUGUCCAUCUAUCUACAUAGUAUGCUGAGAAAUUAAGAAAAUGGUAUAUUGUUAAUAUGAUC